AUGAUGGCCCUUGCUUCGCCUAGCGAAAUUGCACCUCCACCUCCACCUGUGCCUAUCACAUCUACAGGUACCGGUAUUGCCAAUCUCCCAAAUCAACGACAUAAGAUCGUCGCAAAGAAUGGUGCUAAUUUCACCCUUAUGGUGUGCGGCGAAUCUGGUGUUGGAAAGACUACAUUCGUCAACACCCUCUUUACAUCCACCAUCAAGGAACCCAAGAACCUUAGCAAACGACGCCUUCGCCAACCACCUCCAAAAACUUCUCAGAUUCAAAUAACUCGAGCUGAACUUGAGGAAAAAAUGUUUAAGGUCAAAUUGACGGUGAUUGACACGCCUGGAUUUGGUGAUUAUGUCAAUAAUCGCCACAGCUGGAUUCCUAUCAUCGACUUUAUUGAUGACCAGCAUGAAAAAUACAUGAGACAAGAGCAACAGCCAUGUCGUAAGGGUGCGGUCGAUAUGCGUGUACAUGCCUGUCUUUAUUUCAUCAAACCUACCGGCCAUACUCUGACUCCACUCGAUAUUGAGGUCAUGAAGAAACUUGGCUCGCGUGUUAACUUAAUUCCUGUAAUUGCCAAAGCAGACACUCUUACUCCUUCUUGCCUAGCUAAAUUCAAGCAGAACAUCCGUGAUGUUGUGACAGCCCAGAAUAUCCAGUUGUAUUCUUGCCCUAUUGAGAGCGACGAUGAUAGCACCACCAAGCGCAAUGUCAACAUCAUGACCGCCUCUCCCUUUGCUGUCAUUGGAUCCACUCAGGAUGUCUUGACUGCAGAUGGACGUAAAGUGAAGGGUCGCGAGUACUCUUGGGGUGUAGCUGAAGUUGAGAACGAUGAACAUUGUGACUUUAGAAAGCUCCGUAGUUUGUUGAUCCGCACCCACAUGCUGGAUCUCAUUACCACUACCGAAGAAAAUCAUUAUGAGAAUUACCGCCAAGCGCAAAUGGAGACCCGGAAGUUUGGAAGUCCUCGCUCUCAACCUUCAGAAAACGCAAAGUUCAAGGAAGAGGAAGAAGUGCUACGCAAAAGAUUUACAGAGCAGGUCAAGGGUGAAGAAGCUCGGUUCCGUGCUUGGGAGCAACAACUGCUUAGUGAGAGAGACCGCCUGCACAAAGAACUUGAGUCUCAAAGCGACAAAAUUAAGGAUAUUCAGAGUGAAAUAGAUAAUUAUUAUUAUAGCAACCAGCGUGAUUCCCCAAGAACAAUCAGAAAAUAACAUUUUACACUGUAAUAGUCUCUGGGGGGUUCGUACCCUUCUUUACCUCUCUCUUUCCCCCAAUAAUAUAAUCUUAUACGGUACCAAUCAAGUUCUGCUACGAGAAAGCGCAAUAAAACAGUGCAUACUUUAUAUU